AACAAAUUGGAUUAUCAAUGUAUUGACUUAUCAAAAACAGUAAUAACAACAAUAAUUAACAAUUUUGAUUGUUAAUUCCAAUUCGUAUUAUUUAAAAAUAUGAAUUUUGAAGUUUAAAUUUUUCAAAUAGUUUACCAUGUCCUGGCAAAUUUGUUAACAAAUCUUUGUACCCCUAUAUCAAGUGAGUUUAUUGCUGCGUACACGUAAGACAUAUGACGUAGUUCAAGGACUUUUUUUUUAGUAUUUUAACCCACUUUUCGCGGUGUUAAAUAUAAGUUUACAUUACAUUAUUCUGAUUGUUCAUUGUUAUUUUUUUUUUUUUUUUGGUUUUAAGACUAAAAUGACUGAAGACCUAUCCCGUGAUAUAGCGUCACGUCAACGUCAAGAACGUUGGGAGUAUUAUAUGCACGGUCUUUGUAUACUUGACAAUAACUUGAAUGUCCAAAUGGAAAUCGCCUCUCACCGAUCAUCCGUCCUAAAUCAUUUAGUUGAACAAGCUAACAGGGUUAAAGAUUUAUGGGUUGAAUUUCAAGGUAAAUCAGAUAACGGGUGUGUAUUGGAAGAUACUGCUGUACAAAUGGCUAUUGAACAACAUGGGCUGCAGAGUCAUAAUUUCCAUCAACCCCAGUUGCAAGAUAAAAAAGUCUGUAUGCUCCUCUAACAUAAAAUAGUGUAUUCUAGAAUGUGUUAUAUAAUUUAUCUUUAUUUUAGGUUAUUUCACAAUCUCCAAGUAAACCAAGUAAAGAUAUAGAUUGUGAUGAUGUAUUUAACCAAGCGGUUUCUGCAGCGAUCAUUACAAAUGGACUGAUUACUACAACUACUCAACAAGAUAAUAUGUAAUAUGUUUAUCUAAAGAAAUCAUCACAGGGAACAUAAUCUAUAGAAAAAACCUAAUAUUCUAUAUUAUUAUUGAAACAAAUUUUCAUAGAAAACAAUAUUAGGAACUUGAUAUAUACAUAAUAAUUAAAUCUCCAGGGUCUUCCAAAUUGUACAAAAUAUUCUUUUUUUUUUUAAUGGUCUAUAUGAAAAUGUUUUAUAAUCAUAAUAGAUUCUAAAUGAAUAUCAAAUUCAUUAAAAGUACCUAUACUAUUCCAAUAUGUUUUCUCAUUGGUCAAAAUACAUAUUUCAGAAUAAACUCUACUUAUACUCCGGCCCACGAGAGAAGUAAACCAUUUUGUGCAUGUAGACUGACGAGUGACAACUGUGACUGUUCAAAGAUACUGUUUCCCCCCACUUUGUUCCAUUCAGUUAUGCACUGUGAUGUGUAUACACGCACGUAAAUUGGACUUGUUUUAGUCGGAAUAUGGUUUACUUCUCUCGUAGGCCAGAAAGUAUCAUGUAAAAUUUGAAAGACCCUGUAUGUAUCUUUUAUUAAUCAGAUCAAAUUAUAAAAUAACGAUCUAAUAUGUGAUAGAAGUAUAGCAUUCCUUUUAGGAAAUAUGUAAUGUAUUCAUUAAAUCUCAUAGUAGUAGGUACUUAUAUUUUAAUUUUAUUAUUUUUGUAACCAUACAAUUUUUACAAUCUUCAUUUGCUUUAUUUUUCUUUUUAGUUGGACUAGGUAUUUAUUUAAUUUUUAAUUUGUUGGUCUUUCAUAUUAUUACAGUAUAUAUAUUGUUAUGUAUUUUCAUAACUUAAACUAUAUGUUCAUGGAAUAUAUUAUAUUUUUAUUUUACCUUUUGUUUUAUUUAUAAAUAAUGAUAGAAAAUACUAGAAUUUGUUUUUAUUUUUUAUUUUUUUAAAGAAUUAGAUCUUGAUUUUAAAUAUAAUACAAAUGUAUUAGUCUCUAUUGAUUGAUAUAUCAAUAAAAGGUUUAAGUUAACUAAAAAUGGUUUUAUCCAUACUUCAAAAUAUGUAUACUUGUAAUAUAAAUUCAAAUAUAAUAUAUGUUUUGUUUUAUAGAUGUGUUCAAAUUACAAUAGUAAAUUUGUACAUACAUUAUACAUUGAUUAUCAUUUACCAUAAAUUAACUACUCCUGACGGUUAUUAUACAUAUUAAGGAAAGAUUGUUCUAUUGGCUAGAAUAUACUAUUUUCAAAACUAAGAGAAAAU